AUGCUGUCUCUGAGCUGUGCAGAUCCCUGGCCCGAAGGCUCGGUGGGGCUGGAGGAGGAGGUGGUGACCGCCGCUGCCCAGGCGGAGGAGCGGGACAGCGGCAGCACCAAUAACAGUGAGAGCAGCAUCAGCAGCUGCUGCGGCUCCGUCAACCUGGACGACAGCCUGACCAGCCUGCAGUGGCUGCAGGAGUUCUCCAUCCUGGACGCCAACGUGCCGCAGCGGGCCCACCACCAGCCGCACCUGUUCGGCCACCAGCCGCUGGGAUCCGACGCCCCAGCCUCCCCUUUGGCCGGGGACCCCGCCACCAUCGGCAUGCCCCUGACUCCGGGGAAGCCCACAGCGGCGGCCUACAGCAGAAUGCAGUCCCUCCCCGGUAUAGUGGCUCACGGUCACUGUCCUGAUGAGGUAGACUACAAGACCAACGCGCACAUCAAGCCGCCAUACUCGUACGCCACCCUGAUCUGCAUGGCCAUGCAAGCCAGCAAGAAAACCAAGAUCACUCUGUCCUGCAUCUACAAGUGGAUCACCGACAACUUCUGCUACUACCGCCAUGCUGAUCCCACCUGGCAGAACUCCAUCCGCCACAAUCUGUCACUCAACAAGUGCUUCAUCAAGGUGCCGCGGCAGAAGGACGAGCCAGGGAAGGGGGGCUUCUGGAAGAUCGACCCGCAGUAUGCCGAGCGCCUCCUCAGUGGCGCCUACAAGAAGCGACGAAUGCCACCGGUCCAGAUCAAUCCAGCCCUACAAAACAGGCUCAGGGUCAACCUCCAGCCCCAGUCCAGAGACUCUGGACAGAUAGGCCUGUGCAUCAACCCAGAGUCCCAGCGGCUCCUCCGGGAGUUUGAAGAGGCAACCGGCGCAGACCAGAACUGGGACCCCCAUCUGGCUGAAGGGACCAUGCUGGGGUCCUGGCCUGUGGUCAGGGGAAGAGGUGGGCUCAAGAGGAAACAGUCACUGGGCUCGAGAAAUGGCGCAAUAAAAGCCCCACGACGCUCCAGCUCCCCGCUGCUGUCCAUGGACGAACAGAAGGAGAUCGCACCUCUGAAGGGGGACUUUGACUGGGACGCCCUGCUGGACUCAGCCCUCAACGGUGAGCUCAGUUUGGAGGGAGGUGAACCUUUGAGCCCCAUCAUGAAAGAAGAGGACCUGACAGUACGGGGGACCCACAUCACCCCUGUUGAAGCCCCCACAGGGACAGCAGACAUCCACGUGCUGGCGGAGACCCAAAGGAGUAAUGAUAUGUCAGACUUUGACGAAGAGACCUUCCUCGCCACAGCCUUCCUGGAGAGCCCCUGGCCUGAAGAAGAGGAGCAAGGCCGCAGUGAUUUCCUCUGUAGCUCCACAGUCAACCUGGACCAGCUGUUUGACCUUGGAGACUCGUUAGGUGGUGACCCCAGCACCCGGAUCGACACCCUCCUUUGA